UGUUCCUGUGUCCAGGUAUCCUACGAGGCGUGUACCAGAGUGAACACCUGUUUGAGUCCGACCACCAAUCAGGAGCCUGGUGUAAAGAUCCAUUCCAGGCCUCUGAUAAGAUUUACUACAUGCCCUGGACUCCCUACCGCACGGACACUCUCACAGAGUACUCCUCCAAGGAGGACUUCAUCGCAGGACGACCGACGACCACGUACAAGCUGCCUCACCGCGUCGACGGGACAGGCUUCGUGGUCUACGACGGAGCUUUAUUCUUCAACAAGGAGCGGACGCGCAACAUCGUCAAGUUCGACCUCCGCACGCGGAUCAAGAGCGGCGAGGCCAUCAUCGCCAACGCCAACUACCACGACACGUCGCCGUACCGCUGGGGCGGCAAGUCGGACAUCGACCUCGCCGUCGACGAAAUGGGCCUCUGGGUUUUGUACGCCACGGAGACGAACAACGGACGCAUCGUGGUCUCGCAGCUCAACCCUUACACGCUCCGCAUCGAAGGGUCCUGGGACACCACCUACGACAAGCGGACCGCCUCCAACGCCUUCAUGGUGUGUGGCGUGCUGUACGUGGUGAAAAGCGUCUACGAGGACGACGACAACGAGGCCACGGGGAACAAGAUAGAUUAUAUGUACAGCACCACCCAGAGUAAAGAAACCUUUGUGUCCAUCCUGUUCCCUAACUCUUACCAGUACAUAGCAGCAGUGGACUACAAUCCCAGAGACAAUCUGCUGUACGUCUGGAACAACUAUCACGUAGUCAAAUACUUACUGGACUUCGGGAACAACGACAACAGAUUGGACUUGGUUCCUCCAGUCAUCCACGGGCCUCCCAAAGUCCCCUCCUCCUCUUCCUCCACCAGUCGGACCACGACCACCCGGUCUCCUCCCUACUAUACCACGGCUCGACCAAUCCUCACCACCUUCCCCGGUCAACGGUCCCGGACAACCACGACCGUGCGGAACCCUGCCGGUGGUGGCGUGGUCGUCCCCGGCGAUAACCAGAUCCCAGAGAUCGUUAACCCCGGUAACGGGCGGUCGGAUCCAGCCAUGGGUGUUCCCCCUCUGCCUCCCCAGCCCCCGGUCAUACCCCCCCAGGACCACUGCUCCCCCAGGGUGACAGCUGAAGUGUCCUGGCCCAGAACCCAGCAGGGACAGAUGGCCAAGCAGCCCUGUCCUGUAGGGACACUAGGCGUAGCUACAUACGUGUGUGUUGCUCAGCAGGGCUACUGGGAUCCCCAAGGCCCCGACAUCAGCAACUGCACGUCUCCCUGGGUCAACCACAUCAUGCAGAAAUUGCGUAGCGGCGAGACGGCAGCCGUGGUUGCCAGGGAGCUGGCCGAGCAGACUAAAGGGUUGUUGCGUCCCGGUGACGUCCCCUCUACAGUGAGGGCCAUGGCCCAGCUGGUUGACCUGCUGGAUGUUCAGCUCAGAAACCUAACCCCCGGGGGCAAGGACAGCGCCGCCCGCAGCCUCAACAAGCUGCAGAAGAGAGAGAGGUUCUGCAGGUUUUUUCUCCAGGCCAUGGUUGAGACGGUGAACAACUUGCUCCAACCCAGGGCCCAGGCAGCGUGGAGACAGUUGCCCACGGGGGAGCAGCUUCGCUGGGCUACCACCCUGCUGGACACUGUGGAGGCUGGAGCUUUCAUGCUGGCUGAUAACCUGCUGAAGACGGACACUGUGGAGGAGAUCACCGACAACAUCCAGUUGGAGGUGGCGAGGCUGAGUACGGAGGGGAAUCUGGCUGACCUGACCUUCCCCCAGUCUGAACUACAUGGGAACUCCAUCCAGCUGUCUGCUAGCACGCUCAAACAGCACGGGAGGAAUGGUGAGAUCCGCAUGGUGUUCGUCCUCUACAGGAACCUGGGCUCCUACCUGUCUACAGAUAAUGCCAGUGUUGGUCUGGGCAGCGAGGCUCUCUAUCCUAACUACUCUGUCAUAGUCAACUCUCCUGUUAUUACUGCUUCUAUCAACAAGGAGAGCAACAAGGUCUAUCUGUCUGAACCGGUGGUCUUCACUGUCAAACACCUGCAGCAUUCAGAGGAGAACUUCAACCCCAACUGUUCUUUCUGGAGUUAUUCCAAGCGGUCCAUGACUGGGUUCUGGUCCAGUCAGGACUGUCGACUACUGGACACCAACAGAACACACACCACCUGCUCCUGUACUCAUCUGACCAGCUUUGCUGUGCUGAUGGCACACGUUGAAGUCAAGAAAACAGACUCCAUGCAGGACCUUCUGCUGGAUGUGAUAACAUGGGUUGGUAUCCUGCUGUCGCUGGUCUGUCUCCUCAUCUGCAUCUUUACAUUCUGCUUCUUCAGAGGACUACAGUCAGACAGGAACACCAUCCACAAGAACCUCUGUAUCAGCCUGUUCAUAGCAGAGUCUCUGUUCUUAGUGGGCAUCAACAGAGCUGACCAGCCGAUUGCGUGUGCCGUCUUCGCGGCCCUGCUCCAUUUCUUCUUCCUGUCAGCAUUUACCUGGAUGUUCCUAGAGGGGGUUCAGCUGUACAUCAUGCUAGUGGAGGUGUUUGAAUCAGAACACUCCAGAACCAAGUACUUCUACCUGGCUGGGUACGGGGUUCCUGCUGUUAUAGUGGCCGUCUCCGCUGCUGUGGACUACAGGAGCUACGGCACAGACAGAGUGUGUUGGUUGCGGUUGGACACAUAUUUUAUAUGGAGUUUCAUAGGCCCUGCCACGCUCAUAAUAAUGCUGAACGUCAUCUUCCUGGGUAUCGCCCUCUAUAAGAUGUUCCACCAUACAGCUAUCCUCAAACCAGACUCUGGGUGCCUGGACAACAUCAAAUCGUGGGUGAUUGGUGCCAUAGCUCUCCUCUGUCUGUUGGGUCUGACCUGGGCGUUUGGUCUGAUGUAUAUCAAUGAGAGCACAGUGAUCAUGGCCUACCUGUUCACCAUCUUCAACUCCCUACAGGGCAUGUUCAUAUUCAUCUUCCACUGUAUACUACAGAAGAAGGUGCGUAAGGAGUAUGGGAAGUGUUUGCGUUCCCAUUGCUGCAGUGGUAAGAGUGUAGAGACCUCCAUCUCGUCCUCUGGAAAGAACCACACCACGUCUCGAACCCCAGGACGAUACUCCACGGGGUCGCAGGUCAUCUUGCCUGCCUGUACACCUGGACGCUACUCCACAGAAGACUCCCAGAGUCGUAUCAGGAGGAUGUGGAACGAUACAGUGAGGAAACAGGAGUCAUCCUUUAUGACAGGAGACAUCAACAGCUCAGCCACACUCAACAGAGUCUGUAACAACCCCAACGUGGCUGGCAUGUAUAACACACAAGCCCCCUACAGAGACACAAAGGGAAUCCUAAACAACGCGCGAGACACCGGCGUCAUGGAUACGCUCCCUCUCAACGGUAACCACGGCAACAACUACAGCGCGGCGAGCGGCGACUACCUCAGCGACAGCGUCCAGAUUCUGGAACGAGGCGGCGUCAGCGGUUACAGUACCUACGGCAACCACAAGGAGACGACGACGACGUUAGAAAAGCAGAUCCUUAAAGAGUUAACGUCCAACUACGCCCCUUCGUACUUGAACAACCACCAACGCUCGGCGACCACCGAACGCAACCACAACCUGAUGAAUAAGAUGGUCAACAUCGGUAAUGGCACCGGCAACGCGGGCGGCCUGGUCGGUAACGGCAGUAACGGAAUCGGAAUUGGUGGCGUAGUCGGCGGCGGGAGUAACCGUGACUACGACUUGAGUAACGACGGCGUCGACGUUAGUCACAUGGUGCUGGAUAACCCCAACGCUGCCUUCCCAUUGGAUGAGAAUUUGGGAUUGGAGAUUAUAAGGGAGGAGUCGAACGCCCCUCUCCUCCCGCCCCGCCCUCUGCCUCCCCCGGACAGCCUCCCCCACCCUCACCCUCCUCCUCCGCCCCCCCAUAACUUCUCCCGCCCCGGCGCAUCCCCCAGGAGACCAGCGACAGCUUCUUCCCCCUCCUGACCAACGAGCAGACGGACGAGACGCCACAGUCACCCAAUCACAGAAACUCUCUGUACACCUCCAUGCCCGUGUUAACGGAUUUACCGGACGGGCAGAUGAACGGGUUAGCGGACGGCGAGAUGGACGACAGCGGGGAGAUUCAGGCCGGUACCAGCAGCACCGGGAGCGGACCGGGGCCGGAGGCGGAUGAUGUUUACUAUAAGAGCAUGCCAAACCUGGGGUCCAGGAACCACCUCCACCAGCUCCACCAUUACUACCAGAUGGGGCGAGGGGGCAGCGACGGCUACAUGGUACCUGUCAACAAGGAGGAUUCUGAUUCGUCGCCCGAGGAGCCCCUGACCCCCGUUGACCCCUCCCACCUGGUCACGAGCCUAUAGACCAAUGAGAAGACUCUAAACCCCUUAUUUUCCGGGUCCCACCUUCUUUUUUAGUCCCGCCUCCCAGAAUAGUUAUACGUUGAUGAUUGAUUGACAGUUGGCGCUGACCAAUGAAAGCCUGGUUGAACGCACUCACUUCCUGAUUCUUUCCUGUGGUUAGUGACAAUAGGGACGAUACUGAGCUAUCAUUGGCCGGAAUGGGGAUGAGAGAGGGAUUCGAUUGGAUAGAGAUGGAUUGUAUUUAGACCAGAACGAACUAAACUGGGUGGCUCGAAACCGAGGAGGUUUUUUUUUGUGAAUAUUCUUCAGGAAUGGAAAUAUGAAGUAGUUCCUGAAGGAGGGGAGGAUCUGUCAGGCCACCUGUCUUGAUAGACGUUCCCUGGGUCGUAGCCCAGACACAUUCUACCAUGGACCUGUAGCAGAUCCUAGCUGAGUCUUUUUUCACUGUCAAAAUCCAUCAGACUGCUCUUCCAAGCCCUGGACACUGGUCGAAAGUAUCUAGCCAAUCGCCAGGCUUCUCCUUGUUCUUCUACUACCCGACCUGCCAAUAGAGUAGAGUA